GGGGUCACCAUAGAGAUGAAAUGGCCUAGAGCGGCCGCCGCUGUAACCAAAGAGCGACGCACGGAGGCGCUCGAUGCUAACCAGAAGCUGGCGGCGAGGGAUUGCGCGAUACGUCACUUCUGCUCUCGCUCCAAAGUCGCCGGAAAGGGAAACCCCGUGGCGUGCUCUGGGCGGAGCCUCUUCCCGUGUGGCCGCCGAGAAGCAGCCAUGGCGGAGCCGAAGGUCUUAGUGAUUGAUGGACGUGGCCACCUGUUGGGUCGCCUGGCAGCUAUUGUGGCAAAGCAGGUCUUGCUGGGUAAGCAAAAUUAAGUGGGAAUAAAAUGCCGAUGUGAGGGGAUCAACAUUUCCGGCAACUUCUACCGCAACAAGUUAAAAUACCUUGCUUUUCUGCGCAAGCGUAUGAACACCAACCCUUCCCGGGGCCCGUACCAUUUCCGUGCCCCCAGCCGAAUCUUCUGGAGAACAGUCCGAGGAAUGCUCCCACACAAGACCAAACGUGGCCAGGCUGCCUUGGAGAGGCUGAAGGUGUUUGAUGGCAUACCCCCUCCCUACGAUAAGCGCAAAAGGAUGGUGGUGCCAGCCGCCCUGAAAGUGGUUCGCCUCAAGCCCACCCGCAAGUUUGCCUACUUGGGCCGCCUUGCCCAUGAGGUGGGCUGGAAGUACCAGGCCAUCACAGCUACCCUGGAGGAGAAACGUAAAGAGAAGGCCAAAUUGCACUACACAAAGAAGAAGCAGCUGAUGGUGAGUUGGCCGAAGUUUACAGUGGAAAGGGUUCUGGGUUUUGUAUGCUGGGAAAGAGGGCAGAACCAGCCGGCCUUGGAAUGUGGACUAGUCUGGCCAACCACGGGAUAUACCUACAGAUCAAUAGACCUCCAGAUCCUCCGGGCAACCUAAAUGAAUUGGUCUGUU